AUGUCCCAAGGUCGACUAUUUGGCUCAGAUGUAUUUGACCCAAAAUUCAUAAUAAUCCAAAUCUUAUCCUUGCAAGCAAUUUACUAUUCCUCAUCUUGUGCAUUUACAGUUCUAUUCGACCAACUUCUGGGGCUAAAUAUCCACAUCUCUCAAAUUUUUAGCACAUCUGUCCUAAAUCUUCAAGACGCUUAUAGCUUGGCAAGUGUUUUAGCCUGUAUUUUGGUUUCUUUUAUAUUGAUUAUUAGUAUCGUUUUAAUUGUGGAACGUGCUAGCAAAUGUUUAGAAAAGCUGCGAUGAAUUUAAUUGCAUAUGAUAAUAAUCAUAAAAUAGGCAAUUUAAGGAAAAAAGUAUAGAUUUUUGGCUCAACAAUUUUAAUUUUGCACGUAGUUUGCGUGACUUUUUAUGAAGGAUUUCCUACAAAUUUAAUAUGAUGGGGAUUGAAUCUUGUGGCGUUUUUUGUUAUUGUCAUUGUGAGCGAAUUUUUGUGCAUUAAGAUUGAACAAAAAGAAAUUUCAUUGACAUGGAUUGAUAAAAAAAAUGAAAAGAAGCAGGCACUUCCUUACUCACCUCACUUGAUGAGCGAGCAAGAAGUUUUAAGUUUAAAUGUUUUAGAAAUAAUUUUAUAAACAAUUGAUUUUAGAUUUAAUAAUAAAACAAUUUGCAUAAAUUUAUGCUUCAAGGAUACAAGAAAUAUGAUUUGACAUAGUUAGCCAGAAAUCGCUUCAUCAUAAUCAUUAAUUAUAUAUCAUAAUAUUUCAUGCAAUACUUUCAUAUUAAAAUUUUUGACUGCUAGUAUAUCUGCUUCCAAGAGGGUAGAGGUUAG